CAACACUCGGGCAUAGGGAGAGCUCUAUCUUAUUCUGAAAAUAGGCUCUCUACCAACAAAUCGACAGCCCGAGCUCAGAUACAACCGGUUGCAGCCAGUCAAAGUGCAGACAUCCUUGCCUCGCAGCGUCAUCACCGGCCCAUCAGCCCUCACCUUUCCAUCUACCGGCCUCAAAUCACAUGGGUUUGCGGUGCGAUCAUGCGGAAUGCCGCGAUCGCCAUCACCAUACCUAUUUAUGCAUUUGGAGCAGCGUACUUCGCCUCACCACUAUUUGGUUGGCAUCUUGACACUGCAAGUAUGGUGGAGUGGUUUGGAAGCUUGUCUGUCGGAUCCAGGGUGGCGGUGAAGAGCGUCUUUGCUUUUCCGUUUGUGUUCCACAUCUUGCAUGGACUGAGGCAUUUGAUUUGGGACACAGGAGCGAUGCUCACGAAUAGACAAGUGCAGAUCACAGGAUGGGCGACCGUGGUCGGUAGCGUCCUUGGGACUAUCGGCCUGGUGAUGUGGUAG